GAGUGACAAGUGAGGGAGAGAAUCUUGCUCUUCUACAACAUUUCAGAAUGUCUUCUUCUUCAACAAAUUCAUUUUCUUCUCCUCGAAUGUUCAAUGGAGAGAAUUAUGAUUUCUGGGCUAUUAGAAUGAAAGCCUUCCUCAAAGGGAAUGAUGUCUGGGAAGUCAUUGAGCAUGGUUUCCAACUUCCUUUUCCACAAGAAAACCCAACAGUGGCACAAAUGAAGAGAAACGUAGAGUAUAAUGCAGGUACAUAUAGAGCACUUUCUUUUCUGCAUAAUGCAGUGGCAAAUGAUAUUUUCCCCAAAAUUGCAUCCUGCCAGAAUGCACAAGAAGUCUGGGAAGCACUUAAAGAAGCGUAUGAGGGGAGUGCUAGAGAUAAAAGUGUGACACUGUUAGCUCUCAAACGAGAGUUCGAAAUGUUGAAGAUGAAGGAAACUGAUACAAUACGUCAGUAUUCUUCAAAAUUAGUUGAUUUGAUCACUCAAAUUCAAAUGCAGGGAGAGAGAUUUCCUGAUUCACGAGUGGUCAAUAAGAUGUUGGUUAGUCUUCCUGAUAGAUUUGAACCUAAAGUUGCUGCAAUUGAAGAGUCUUGUGACUUGAGUAGGCUUUCCAUUAAAGCACUCACUGGAAAAUUGCAAGCUCUUCAAAAAAGACUUGUAAUGAGAUUUGACGAAAGUGUUGAAAGAGCAUUUCAAGCUAAGCACAAGGGAAAAUAUUUAGUUGCAAGAUCAGAUUGGCAGCAUGAAGCUAACAAAGUGGAGAAAGGCAAACAGCAUGCUGAAUGUUCUAGAAAUUUUGACAAGAGAGAUAAAUUUCCUCCUUGUCCAAACUGCAGAAGGACAAAUCAUCUUGAAAAAGACUGUUGGCACAAAGGAAAGCCACAGUUUUAUUGUAAGAAUUGCAAGAAACAUGGCCAUACAAAAAAAUUCUGCAAAGCUAAUCAAGUGCAGUACAGGCCUAAGCAAGUGCAGCAAGCUAAUUUCAUAGAAGAUCAGAAUGAGGAAGAUUAUAUAGAUGUGAAGUUGUUUACAAAGCUGGACAGGUUUAUUCGAACAAGAGUCAGACUUGGCAAUGGUUAUGUAGUGCAAGCAGAAGGCAAGGGUAAUGUCUCAAUUCAAACUAAGGAAGUUAAGUAUACACCACAGCAAAAUGGUGUUUCUGAGAGAAAAAAUAGAACAGUGAUGGAAAUGGCUAGAAGCAUGCUUUUUGAGAAGAAUUUGCCAAAGAAGUUUUGGGCAGAGGCAGUGCAUACUGCUGUUUAUUUGCUAAAUGGUCUUCCAACUAGAGCUGUUGAAGCAACUAGAAGAACCAAGUUGGAUGAGAAAGCUGAGAUGGGAAUUCUAGUUGGUUAUGCAGCACAGUCAAAGGGUGCAGCUGCUACUUCUAGACACCAAAAUGUUGCUGAAACUAAUGAUGACUCACCACCUUUGAAGGUAAAGUCACUUGAGGAUGUGUAUGCUAGGUGCAAUUUGGCUACUUCUGAUCCAACUUGUUUUUUUGAGGCUUCAAAACAUGAUGAAUGGAUGGCUGCUAUGAAAGAAAAGCUGGCUAUGAUUGAAAAGAACAAAACUUGGUCACUUUGUCCUAGACCAGAAGUAAACAAGUACAAGGCCAGAUUAGUGAUUAAGGGAUAUGCACAGCAGCAAGGAGUAGAUUUUUCUGAGACUUUUGCACCAGUCACAAGGCAUGAUACUAUCAAACUGUUGUUUGCUAUUUUUGCUCAAAAUGGUUGGAAGGUGUACCAUAUGGAUGUGAAAUCUGCUUUUUUAAAUGGUUUUUUGGAAGAAGAAAUCUAUGUUGAGCAACCGAAGGGGUUCUUUGUUCAUGGUAGUGAGAAUAUGGUAUACAAGCUUCAUAAGGCUCUUUAUGGUCUAAAACAGGCUCUUAGGGCCUGGUAUAGUAGGAUUGAUGCCUACUUAAUGCAACAAGGUUUCAGGAGGAGUGAAAAUGAAGCUACUUUGUACGUGAAAGACAUAAAUGGUGAUGUACAACUUCUGGUUUCACUUUAUGUUGAUGAUUUUCUGAUUACAGGUUCUGAUGUUCAAGCUAUGGAACAUUUUAUGCUUGUUAUGAAGAAAGAGUUUGAAAUGUCAGAUCUUGGAGAAAUGAGUUACUUUCUUGGUUUGGAAAUCAAACAAUGUGGAAAUGGAAUUUUCUUGUCACAGCAAAAAUAUGCACAGGAUAUGAUGAAGAAAUUCAAUAUGGGAUACAACAAACCAGUUUCUACUCCUCUUGUUUUGAACUGUAAAAUGUCAAAAAAUGAUGGUAAUGCUUAUGUUGAUGCAUCUUGGUACAAAAGUAUCAUUGGCAGUUUGCUUUAUCUUACUGCUACUAGACCAGACAUUAUGUUUGCUGCUAGUCUGUUGUCUAGAUACAUGAGUUCUCCUACUCAAGUUCAAUUGAGUGUUGCAAAGAGAGUUCUGAGGUGUGGCAUGUCCACGACCUGUAUAAAGCUUGGUGAGCAUUUCUUACCUACCAUUUUUAACUAACAUGAAUUUUUCAAGUCAAUUCCAAUCAAAUCAAAUCAAUGGCUCUAAGCUUUGAAUAAUCAGGCUGACUUUUA